UCCUUUCCCUUAGUAAAUUGUUGUGGAUUCUAUUCCACCAUUUCCUCACCCUUAAUCAUUGAUUGAUUCCCCUCCUCAUCCCCCUCCCUACCCCUACAAAACCAUAAUUCCUUUGUAUCUGUUCUUCACUUGAUUCAUUACUUGGAUUCCUAUUUUAAUUCUUUUUCGGCAUUCAAGAACAAAGUUAUAAGAAAUCAUCUGUUCCAGACUUUCAGCUGCAAUUAUGAUUCAUCUGAAGAAUGCCUUGCAGAUUCUUCUUCCUUUUUCCUAACAAAUCCAACCUUGAAUAUGGAAUGUGGGAAAAAGAGAGAUAAUCGACAAGAAUCUUCGUUACUUUUCAGCUAAACUUUUCAAAUCGAAGAGAAUUUGUAGCUUUAUUGAAGUUCAUCUGCUUUCCUUGAGAUGUCUACUACUGUUAUGAGCGAUGCGAUGGUGAUGCCUGCAACGGAAUCGCAGCCGGUGGCGACAAAACUGAUAGCUCCGACGACGGAAGUGGAGUUUGUGGAGUGCGAUUGUUGCGGAUUGACAGAAGAGUGCACGCCGGGAUACAUAGAGAGGAUUCGUGAAAGGUAUCAAGGAAAAUGGAUCUGCGGAUUAUGUGGAGAAGCUGUGAAAGACGAGAUCGUGAGGAACGAAAGGCUGAUCAGUACUGAAGAGGCUAUGGCGCGCCACAUGAACUUCUGUAGAACGCCGAUCUCAUCAGGUCCGCCUCCUGAUCCAACAAUUCAUUUAAUCGCCGCCAUGAAACAGAUUCUCCGGCGGAGUCUGGAUUCACCGAUCUCCGUUAGGUCUAUGCCGUGUAGUCCGACGACGAAGAACACCGAUAGUGCUGGACUUGCUCGAUCGGAGAGUUGUAUUCCGAGGCUUAGGCUUGUUGAUUCAACCUCCUGCCAUGAAUCUGAAGAAGACAGAGAACAGUCAAACCAGAUGCAAUACAUUUGAAUCUCCUUUUAUCUAAACAUAAAGCUUUUCUCAGAUUUUCUGAAUAACAUUUGAAUCCAUGCUUAUCGAAUAUCAUUAAGGCUAAACCUAUUUCAGUUAAAUGGAUCCAUAAUCCAUUGCUUUUCAUGAGCAAAUAGUAAAAACAAAGUCAGAAAAUUUUCUAAAA